AUGGCUAUUUCCAAGGUACAUGCUAGAUCCGUUUACGACUCUCGUGGUAACCCAACUGUUGAAGUUGAAUUGACCACUGAAAAUGGAUUGUUCAGAUCGAUUGUUCCAUCCGGUGCUUCUACUGGUAUCCACGAAGCUUUGGAAUUGAGAGAUGGUGACAAGUCUAAGUGGCUAGGAAAGGGUGUUAACAAGGCCGUUUCUAACGUCAAUGAGGUUAUUGCUCCAGCUUUAAUCUCAGCUAAUGUCGAUGUGAAGGACCAAAAGGCUGUUGAUGACUUGAUGUUGUCUUUGGACGGUACCUCAAACAAGAACAAGUUGGGUGCCAACGCUAUCUUGGGUGUUUCUAUGGCUAUUGCCAAAGCUGCUGCUGCCGAGAAGCAAGUUCCAUUGUACCAACACUUGGCGGACUUGGCUGGUUCCAACACUGAGCCAUUUGUCUUGCCAGUUCCAUUCCUAAAUGUGUUGAACGGUGGUUCUCAUGCUGGUGGUGCUUUGGCUUUGCAAGAGUUUAUGAUUGCUCCAACUGGUGCCGAAUCCUUCUCUGAGGCUUUGAGAAUGGGUUCCGAAGUCUACCACAACUUGAAGUCUUUGACUAAGAAGAGAUACGGUUCUUCUGCCGGUAAUGUUGGUGACGAAGGUGGUGUUGCUCCUAACAUUCAGACUGCUGAAGAAGCUUUGGACUUGAUUGUCGAUUCUAUCAAAGCUGCUGGGUACGAAGGAAAGAUUGACAUUGCUUUGGACUGUGCUUCUUCUGAAUUCUUCAAGGACGGUAAGUACGACUUGGACUUCAAGAACCCAGAGUCUGACCCAUCCAAGUGGUUGUCUGGUGAACAAUUGGCCGACCUAUACCACAAGUUGGUCGAAAAGUACCCAAUUGUCUCCAUCGAAGACCCAUUCGCUGAAGAUGACUGGGAAGCUUGGUCCCACUUCUACAAGAACGCUGGUGUCCAAAUCGUUGCUGAUGAUUUGACUGUCACCAACCCAGUCAGAAUUGCAUCUGCUAUCGAAAAGAAGGCCGCCGACGCCUUGUUGUUGAAGGUCAACCAGAUUGGUUCUUUGUCUGAAUCCAUCCAAGCUGCCAAGGACUCCUUCGACGCUACCUGGGGCGUUAUGGUCUCCCACAGAUCCGGUGAGACCGAAGACACCUUCAUUGCCGACUUGGUUGUUGGUUUGAGAACUGGUCAAAUCAAGACUGGUGCUCCAGCUAGAUCUGAAAGAUUGGCCAAGUUGAACCAGUUGUUGAGAAUUGAAGAGGAAUUAGGUUCCAAGGCUGUCUAUGCUGGUAAGAAGUUCCACAACGCUAACAAGUUGUAA